GGAUUUAAGGUAAAACGGGGGAGUAACUUCAAUUUCACGUGAACAAAGAAUAAACAAUACAUUAGUGGUGUCAAGAUUGGUUCUGCCUUGUCAUGGAGUCCCUCGGUGUUCUCCUGAUGCUGCCGCUGAACCCUUACCUCGAAUCUGAGCUCGACCGUCGAUGCAAGCUUUUCCGGCUCUGGCAAAUUCCGAAAGCGAGCCGUAAGGAUUUCCUCUACGCCAACUCGCCUUCAAUCCGCGCAUUGGUCGGCAACUCGGCGGUGGGGGCCGACGCCGACAUUAUUGACGCGCUUCCGCAGCUUGAGAUUGUCGUCCUAUACAGCGUCGGUUUUGACAAGGUCGAUCUCGCCAAAUGCCGGUCAAGAGGCAUUCGCGUCACCAACACUCCUGAUGUACUAACAGACGACGUUGCAGACCUAGCAAUCGCCCUCUCCAUUGCAACAAUGCGGAAGAUCUGCAGCGCCGACCGGUACUUAAGGAGCGCGGCAUGGAAAACCAAGGGCCAGUACGUGUUCACUUCCAAGUUUAGCGGUAAAACGGUAGGCAUCAUUGGUCUUGGCAGGAUUGGAUCAGCUAUUGCGAAGAGAGCUGAAGCAUUUGGAUGUUUCAUCUGCUAUCAUUCAAGAACAGAGAAAGCAAAUACAACGUACAAAUACUAUCCUGACAUAAUUUCGCUGGCAAAGGAGUGCGAUGUGCUGGUGGUGGCGUGCCCACUGAUUGCAGAAACUCAACACAUUGUUGACCGUAAGGUGAUUGAUGCUUUGGGUUCGAAUGGUGUGCUCAUAAACAUUGGUAGGGGAUCUCAUGUGGAUGAAGCUGAGCUCAUUUCGGCAUUGGUCGAGGGUAGGCUUGGCGGGGCCGGGCUAGAUGUGUUUGAGUACGAGCCUCAUGUGCCCGGGAUUCUAUUUUCGCUCGACAAUGUCGUGCUAACACCUCACGUGGGGAGUGCAACUGUCGAGACACGGCGAGCCAUGGCCGACUUGGUUCUUCGAAACCUCGAGGCACAUGUCAUGAACAACCCUUUGCUCACUCCAGUCUUAUGAUUCAAUUCAAUUGGAACUCUAUAUUCUCUUCAUUCAAAGGGUCUUGACAUUUUAUUUAUAUAUUUAUUUUCUGCUUCUGCUGUAAGAAACAUAAUAUGAUCAUUAAGCACUUCUUUGAGCUAUGUUUCAUAGCUGCCCUAUAGGCCAUAGGGAACGAGGAAAUAUCA